AGGGAGAGACUGAGUGGGAGGGCAUUUCGAUCAGCAACCCUUCCCCUGUUGUUCACUCCUCCAUCUUCUUCCUUCUCUAUAUGUGCCAUAGCCGACGUUGGAGCGUGCAAAAGCUUCGGCCGUCAUCGUUGAGCUUCCUCCUUCCGUAUUCGGCCAUUGGCGUUCUCUACUCUUUCCGAGCAACAGCAAGUUCCGGUGCGUCGCCAUUCUGGUGUGGCUGUGGGAGUACGCGGACACCCUUUUUUCUCUCCUCCUUCUUAACCUCGCAUCUUCUUCUAUUUCCCCUGCUGCCUCGCUUCUCUUCCGUUCGAGCAGCUGCAGGGGUGUGGCAAAAUCUUCUACUCCCCUGCGUUGCGUCGCUGUCGUUCACUGCUAUAGGAGCCUCAUAGGACACCCAGCUUCUUCCUUCAGUGCUUCAUGUCGUCACUAUUCUUCUCCCAUAUAUUGCUGUCGCUGAUCUAGCUUUAGGGAGGAAUCUGAAAUUUUCUCCCUUUCGUUGUGCUGAUUAAAGGUUAUAGAGUAGCUUAAGGAUAAUUGAGAGGUCUAUAAGAAACAAGCUAUUAUCUUGGGUGCUUAUCAGAUAAGUAUAUAACAUCCCAAUCAAUUUAUAUAUUAGAAAAUUUUCUUUUAUCAAAAUAUUGUUUUUAACAAUUUACAGAUAUUUAGAUAUAUUUCUCUUGCAUUAAUUACUUUUGUUAAUUAAAUUGUUUUAAUUCUUGAAGUCAUGAUUUAUAGUUUUUAGAUUGACGAAAAUGCUUUUACAAAUUUUAGUAGUCCUUUAUUUGAUAAAGCCAAUUAUGAAAAUUGGUGAAUAAUUUAUGAAAUAUUAGUUAUGAAUUGUCAUAUUUGAAAAGAAUGAUGUUUUUAUAUGUUUCAUGCGAGUUUGAUACUGAAAAGAGAAAUUAUAUUUUGAAAGUGAUAAUUUUCUCGCAUGUCUGAAAGUGAAUUUAAAAAGGGACUAUAUACAAAACACUGGUUGCUAGCAGUAGCUUCACCUUUGGCACGUCAUGGUCAAUGACUAGCUAGUUUGAUUUUCGUGAGCUCUAUUCUCACAUCUAAUAUCUGUGGGUUUCAUGCCUGCAUUUGUUUUGUGACUUCAGCCACAUGUGAUUAGUUCUCUUCAUGGAUUGUGUGUUCAUAUCUGUUUCGUGGUUUCGACUAUGUCUGGUUACUUACAUUCGUGGACUGUUUGUCUACGUUUGUUUUCAUGGCAUAAGUGGCAUUCAGUUAUCUCCAUGGACUGUGUCCAUGUUUGUUAAUAAUUCUGACAAGUUCCUAGAAAUAUGAUUUUAAUUAUUUGGUGAUUUCAUACUCCAUUGGUUUAAAUUAAUAAAUAACUACAUUUAUCUAUUUUGUAUAUUUGUCUUCUUGAGAUUAAGUGAUAAGGAUAUUUGAUAUUAUGAAUUUAAUAAUUUUUUAGAUUUUAUUUAAGGCUAUAUAGAAUCCUUUAAAUUCAAAUUUUAUAAAAUCUUUUAUAUGAAUUUGUUGUCUCUUUAAUUUAUAUAAUCAUUGUUAUUUGUUCAUUUUAUCCUUUUAAAUUUUAUGGACAUUGGGACGUUAUUCACUAAAAAGCAUUUGUUUGGUCUCAGAUAGAAUAAAUGAUGUUGUAUCCCCUAUUGACCUUUGAAGGGCAUAUUGUUGGAUUGAUUAGAAGAUCUUCUAAGAUUUGAUGUAAACAUUUAAGUAUGUGUUAUAUUUUAAAUUUAUGAUUAAUUGCUCUACGCUAACUAUAGAUAAGAUUAUCAUCUGUAAUUUGUUUGCCUUUCUGUUCUGCAUUUCUGAUUUGGGCUAGAUAAGGCACUUGUUGAGAUUACAAGAAGCUUUAUUUAUAGGGGAGCUUUUGCUAAAUUUCUACUAGAAGUUUAGGAAGUUUUUUUUUUUUUUUUCAUUCACAUGAAAAUGUGGCAAUGAUUUCUAAUCGUAUUUCAAAUAAAUCAAGAUAUUAAAUUAGAGAUUUCUUAAUUAAAGAUUAAGGGAUAUAUGUUUUUGCAUAUAUUCUGUGCUGGUCAUAUCUACUUUUUGGGGUGUGACAACUGUUGUCAGCCUUGUGUGGUUUUUCUUUGGAAGCCAAGGAAGAAGGUUUGAAAAUCAUGUGAGAUUGAUUUGUUCAAUCUGGUUUUGAAUUUAGAUUUGAAUUUGUUCCCUACGUGGCUGUUCUUGCUUUGUUCUGUGGAGAGGCUGAGAAAGCAGUGGAAAUGGGAGCUUGUGGAUGGCCUUCUUCUCAUUCUUUAGGCAUAGUAUGCUCUUCAUUAUCUUUGCCUCCUUCGCCAUUUCAUCCUGCUCUAGUUUCAUGCCCACUACGUCAGCCUCAAAUUUUUCUAUCCUCAUUCAACAAAACCCUUGGCCAGAUCCAGAAUUCUAGUGCCAUAUCUUGCCUCUGGGCCAACAGUGCAAAAGUGGCGUUGGAUGCUGCACGUGCUGCAAAAGCAGGUUCUACAGUAGCAGGUAAAGAAGCAUCUUGCAAUGACUCUAAGAAUUUGAAAUUACUCUGCAACUCCAACAAUUCUAGUCUAAAGAUCGAUGAAGUUAAUGACAUCAGUUGCACAUUUGAAACUCAUCAACGGACAUCACUUGUUGAUCUUUUGAAAGUUUGUAAGGAAUGGGGGUUACUCCAAGAGGCUAAGUCUAUUCAUGGGUAUGUCUUAAAGUCGAAAUUCUCAGACCAAGAUUGCUUAGUGUUGUCAAAUCAUGUAAUGCAUGUGUACUCAAAUUGCAUGGAUUAUGAUGCUGCUCGUAAGGUGUUUGAUGGUAUGUCUAAGAGAAAUGUAUUCUCUUGGACAGUCAUGAUAGUUGCAUCAAAUGAACAUGGUUAUUAUUUUGAUGGAAUAGUGCUCUUUUCUAUGAUGCUGGAACAAGGAGUCUUGCCUGAUGGGUUUGCCUUUUCAGCUGUUUCACAGUCAUGCACUGGCUUAGGCUUCAUUGAGUUGGUUGAGAUGGUGCAUGCCCAUGUUGUUAUAAGAGGUUUUCUAACUCAUACGGUUGUUAGUACAUCGCUUCUCAACUCGUAUGCAAAGUUAGGGAAGAUUGAGAGUUCAUCUAAGGUGUUUCAAACCAUGGCAGAACUUAAUGUUGUUACUUGGAAUGCUAUGAUUUCAGGAUAUACCUCUAAUGGUAUGCAUGCAGAAGCCUUUGAUUGCUUCACUGACAUGGUUGAUUCAAGGAUUACACCAAAUAACUUGACCUUCAUUAGUGUUUCCAAGGCUGUUGGGCAGUUAGGCGAUGUUACCAAGUGUCAUGAAAUUCAUAGAUUUGCAUCUAAAUGGGGAUUGGAUUCCACUACUGUAGUUGGAACUGCUCUGAUUGAUAUGUACGCUAAGUGUGGGUCUUUAACUGAUGCUCAGUUUCUUUUUGACUCCAAGUUCAGAUUUUGUCAAAUUAGUACACCUUGGAAUGCAAUGUUAGCAGGUUAUUCACAAUCUGGUUCUCACCAUGAAGCUUUGGACUUGUUCACAAGAAUGCGUCAAAAUGAUGUCAAAUCAGAUAUUUACACAUUCUGUAGUGUGUUCAACUCCAUUGUUGCUUUGAAGGAUAUGAAAUUCUUAAGGGAGACUCAUGCUGUGGCUUGGAAAUCUGGACAUGAUGUGAUGAAAAUUAGUACAUUGAAUGCCCUCACUGAUGCAUAUGCCAAAUGUGAGUCGCUUGAAGUUGUAGAGACGCUCUUUGAUAGAAUGGAAGAGAAAGAUAUAGUGUCCUGGACUACUUUAGUGACUGCAUAUUGUCAAUUUUCUGAGUGGGAGAAAGCCUUGAUCAUCUUCUCACAGAUGCGCAGAGAAGGCUAUGUCCCCAAUGAUUUCACAUUUUCUAUUGUGAUCACUGCAUGUGCUGGUAUUUGUUUAUUAGAAUUUGGUCAGCAAAUUCAUGGAUUGAUAUGCAAGGCCAGCCUGGUUAUUGAAGCAUGCAUUGAAAGUGCUCUCAUUGACAUGUAUGCCAAAUGCGGUAACCUAGUUGAUGCAAAGAAGGUAUUUGAAAGGGUAUCUAAUCCUGACACAGUCACAUGGACUGCCAUAAUAUCAGCUUAUGCUCAACAUGGUCUUGUUAAAGGUGCCCUUCAGUUCUUUAGGAAGAUGGUGCAAUGUGGUGCCAAGCCAAAUGCUGUUACAUUAUUAUGUGUUAUUUUUGCUUGUAGUCAUGGAGGAAUGGUCGAGGAAGGUCUGAACUUUUUCCAUCAAAUGGAGGAGAUCUAUGGUGUGGUACCAGAAAUGGAACACUAUGCAUGUGUUGUUGAUCUCUUAGGUCGUGUUGGCCAGUUAAAUGAGGCAAUGGAGUUCAUAGGAAUGAUGCCAAUUAAGCCCAAUGAGAUGAUUUGGCAGACAUUGUUAGGAGCUUGUAGGGUCCAUAGAAAUGCGGAGCUUGGGGGGAUUGCUGCUCAAAAUAUUCUGUCCACUAAGCCAGUGUAUCCUGCUGCUUAUGUUUUUCUGUCCAAUACAUAUAUGGAAUCAGGUCUAUAUGAAGAUGGGGUUAGCUUGAGACAUGUAAUGAAAGAACGGGGCGUGAAAAAGGAACCAGGUUAUAGUUGGAUUUUUGUGAGAGGCAUGGUCCAUAAGUUUCAUGCUGGAGAUGAACAGCAUCCACGGAAGGAUGAAAUUUGCGCCAUGUUAGACAAGUUGAUGACGAAUAUCAAGUCCAUCCAUUUUGAAAUGGAUUUCAGUUUAUUAUCAUAACAUGCUAAUCGAAAUUAAUGAUUAUGUUGUUAAUGGGUAAGCGACUAGGAAAAGAGAAGGUGAUGAUGGAAGAGAAUGACUUGGAUGGUUGAAAUUUAGCCAGAUGUGGCCAUUUGCUUAUGUAAAUUUGUUAAUUUAUUCAACCAACUUGUAAACCAAAUCAAUUUUGCCCAGUAUGAUGUAGUUAGAAUUUUAGUAUUUAAAAAAAGAAUGCAUUGGUUUUUAUGAGUGCCAUUUUGC